AUGAAGUCUAAUAAAAUCAACAAUAACACAUUAUACCCUCUCUGCAUUCGGAUUCAAGGUAUCCUAGAGAAGAGCUUGUUGUCAGCGCUUGGUUCUUGGGACGGCACUUUGCAUUUUGCACUAUCUGCUACACAGAAUAUUAUGUUGGGUAGUGGACCCUUCAAAGACCAAUGGGAAUCCUUGUUGCUGGCUAUACACAAGUUGUGUCAACUAGUACACAUCAGCUUGGGUGAGAAUGGCUACACAGAGCCUCCUAUCACUGCUAUGUGCAGCUUGUACAUGCAACGCCAAGUGUUUUCUAAGAUAACGGCCACUCAUUGCAAAGUGUCAUUGGCCCUACAUGCAACAAACAAUCCUUCCCAUAAAGCAGAUCUCAUAAAUGAUAAGUGGCGUGUUCUGCAAAAAAUCACCCUUGCCCGCAAAGAUUUGCAAGGAAAAGUAGUUUCCUGCUCACACACUUUAUUUUGGAAGGGGGAUUUUGUAGAUGUUGCAACUAAACGCAAUGCGCCUACCAACUCUCCUGCUCCUGACGAACUCCUGGCCAAAAAAAGUAAAACAAGUGGAUGUGUAGAUCAGCAGGCAUGCUCAGAACAUGUUGCUACAACAUCUGCGGACAGAUUGUACCGAGAAAAGCAGGAAGACAAUGUGCAUUCAAAGGCCAUGCGCAUCAGAAACUUUGUUAAUUACUCCAACUCAGAAAACUACACUUACAGCAUCAAACAAUUACCUCCCAUCAACGCUUGGGGAGUGAAGAAGCACAACAAGGACUGGUCACACUACAUUUGCCACCCUAGAAGUAACACACCUUAUACAAUAUGGGUAGUUGGUCUCAUCAGCAAGGUCUGGUUCUUUGCGCCUGGGCCAAACGGAGCCCCACACCCUCAAGUUCCUUACAAGAACCUCAGGAAGGUACAGAAGCCAAUGAUUGGGGUGAUACUAACAUCAUGGCCUGGCACCAUCAAACUCCUUUUUACCGACAAGGAAAUCAUCAAACAAUGUUUCAGGCUGUCCCCUUCACAGCCUGCUACGAUGCUCGUAACUCGUUCACUGAAAAAUGCGACAUGGAGGCCUAUCCCACUCACUGUGUGA